CAUUUCACGUUCCAUUUCUUUCCGGUAUCAGUUUCUGAGAACAUUGGUUGUGUCCUGUUCGUUCUUUUUGUAAUAAAAUGACAUCGAAGGUCUCCCGCGACACUCUUUAUGAGUGCGUAAAUGCUGUGCUCCAAAACUCGCAGGAUAAGAAAAGAAACUUCUUGGAAACUAUAGAACUACAGAUCGGUUUAAAGAACUAUGAUCCACAGAAGGACAAGCGUUUCUCAGGCACCGUCAAGUUGAAGAAUAUCCCUAGACCAAAAAUGCAAGUAUGUGUUCUUGGCGACCAACAGCACUGUGAUGAAGCUAAAGCUAAUAAUAUUCCAUAUAUGGAUGCAGAAGCGCUGAAGAAACUUAACAAGAACAAAAAGCUCGUCAAGAAACUCGCAAAAAAAUAUGAUGCAUUCUUGGCUAGCGAGUCCUUGAUCAAGCAAAUUCCUCGUCUUCUGGGUCCUGGUUUAAAUAAAGCCGGUAAAUUUCCUGGACUGUUGUCUCAUCAAGAAUCGAUGGUCGGCAAGAUUGACGAAGUCAAGGCCACCAUCAAAUUCCAAAUGAAAAAGGUGUUGUGUCUGUCAGUAGCCGUUGGACACGUUGAAAUGACGCCUGAAGAGUUGGUGCAAAAUGUCCAUCUCUCAAUAAACUUCCUUGUUUCUUUGUUAAAAAAACACUGGCAGAAUGUGCGAUCGCUUCAUAUUAAAUCUACGAUGGGGCCACCACAGAGACUGUACUAAGUUACACUUGGUACAAUACAUUUCGAAUGUAUGUUCAUUGCAAUAAAACUGAAAAAGAAUCCAAAUGA